AUGUCGCUCGCCACCAGUGAUACACCUGUCCUACCGCACCCAACAAAUACUUUCACGAUCAAAGUUGGGCUUAUAGGGGAUGCGCAGGUGGGUAAGACGUCGCUAAUGGUAAAAUACGUCGAGAACGUGUUCGACGAGGAAUACACGCAGACGCUUGGCGUCAAUUGUCUGGACAAGAAGAUAAGACUUGGGUCUGCAGAUAUCUUGUUCUAUAUUAUGGAUCUUGGGGGACAGCGAGAAUUCAUUAACAUGCUUCCGCUCGCGUCAGAGGGAGCCAAAGCAAUCAUCUUUUUAUUUGAUCUGACACGACCCGAAACAUUGAAAUCUAUCAAGGAAUGGCAUCGACAGGCCACAGGCUUCAACGAGAACGCUGUGCCACUACUAGUGGGCACCAAAUACGACCUGUUCGUGAACAUGGACCCUGAGUAUCAGGUGCAGGUCUCUAAGCAGAGCAUGCGAUACGCGCAGGUCAUGGACGCACCUCUGAUAUUUUGCUCCACCUCGCACUCGAUCAACGUGCAGCGCAUUUUCAAGAUCAUAAUUGCAAAGAUUUACAAUCUCACAAUGCGUGCGUCUGAGAUUAAACAGAUAGGAGACCCACUGUUAAUCUAUAAGUAUCUGGGUAAUUCGCGUAGAAGAUCACCUUCUUCAUAA